CACUGGACUGUAUAAAUUCUUAUUGAUAAAUAUUUAUUAUUCAGUACAGACACUACCUGAGAUUUUCAGAUCAUUCCAAGGGGUUCCUACUUUUGCUAGGCUACGUGCGCUUGAAUACCUGACAUACGGAACUGUUAUGAGUUGGUCCGGAGAAGGGGGAAGCUUUUCCUUGUUGCGCACACGUGUUGAGUUCUGAUUUGUUUACCAGCUAGCUAGCUAGCCACCAGGCUAGCCUGUUAGUGUUUUGGUGGCAUGAAAGAGGAAGAAUGAAAAGCAAUUUUGCUUUUUGAUUUUAAAGAAGCGAAACUAUCCCUUAGCUUAUUUUGACUCAGUAAUAUGCCAUAAUUAUAUAUCUGAAAUUCGUCUAGAUAUCCUAAGACCGUCAGACGUGUCAGUCGGUUUUACUGCAUUUGUCAUGGACACCUCAGAGAAUAUUAAUUCUGGUCCUGAUACCGUUAGUGAGGGUAGCAGAUCUUGUCAACGGUUGAGGAAUCAAAGCGGAUUUUGGCUACUGGGACUGUGUAAUAACUUUGCCUACGUGGUUAUGCUGAGUGCUGCCCAUGACAUUUUAAAACAACAGGAAUCUCAGAACACAACAUUGCCUACUCCAGCACCAGGUCUGCAUCAGUCAAACAGUGGAAACAGCAGUAACUCGAGUCGCUAUGACUGCAACCCUGUGUCAACUGCAGCUGUCCUUCUGGCUGACGUCAUUCCCACUCUACUGAUCAAGAUAACAGCACCGUUUUUCAUACACAAAGUGCCUUAUGGUUGCCGUGUGCUGACUUGUGUCACCACAGCCACAGCUAGCUUCUUGGUGGUAUCAUUUUCUUCAGCUGUGUGGAUGAGCAUCUUGGGUAACGUGCCUGUGUGUGUGUGUGAUCUCUUUAUUGUACCUUUGACCUGUGCUGAUUUAGAUGUAUUGCUGGUUUCGUGUCUAGGUGUGAUGUUUGCCAGUGUGAGCUCUGGUCUGGGGGAGCUCUCCUUUCUCUCCCUCACUGUCUAUUUCAGCAGUGAUGUGCUCAGUGGAUGGGGAUCUGGUACAGGGGGAGCUGGUGUUGCUGGCGCUCUCAUGUACUCCGCCCUCACGCAGGCUGGUCUGUCACCGCGGGUUACGCUCCUGGUGAUGCUACUUGUUCCCGUUGUCAUGGCGAUCAGUUAUUUCAUUCUCCUGGUGUUUCCUCCCUCGUUCCUGCAGUGGAAGACCAGAGAAACUCAGCCUAGUUUGUCAUCUAUGGCUGAACAGUCCAGAGAAAGACGUCCUUUGUUACAGGAGGAUGACAGUAUUCACAAGGAGCAGAACAAAGAGGCCCAGCAGACUGGACCUCUCACUUUCUCAGACAAACUACACAUUUUGAAAGGACUGCGGAGGUUUAUUUUGCCUUUAGCUUUGGUCUACUUUGCUGAAUAUUUUAUUAACCAGGGAUUGUUAGAGCUGCUCUACUUCCGGAAUGCACGGCUCUCCCACGCUGAGCAGUACCGCUGGUAUCAAACUCUGUACCAGAUUGGCGUGUUCAUAUCCCGCACCUCCCUCUACUGCAUUAAGAUCAAGAAAAUUUGGUGGUUAUCUGUUUUGCAGUGUGUGAAUGCAGUCUUGCUGUUUUUUUCAGUGUAUUACCAGUUCUUGCCAAGUGUGUGGCUCGUGUUUGUCAUAGUUCUCUACGAAGGUCUGUUGGGAGGGGCGGCCUAUGUCAACAUCUUCUACAUGAUCCACGCAGAGACUGGAGAAGACGAGAGAGAAUUUGCCAUGGCUGCAGCAAGUGUAGGGGACAGUUUUGGCAUCGCACUCUCUGGACUUGCAGCCUUUCCUGUUCACAGCCACUUCUGCUCUCUAUGAGGGGAGGGGCUGAGACAUACUGAAGUGACUGCUUGGUGUUGAUGUAUGGCCUCGCAAAAAAAUAUUGUGGAGGACAUCAUGGGUCUUCUUAAUCAGAGGAAAAUUGUGUGAAUCUUUUAUUUGUAAGGAUUUUGUAUUUGUAAGGAUUCCCUGCUUCAGGUAGGUCAAAUGAAAGCCCUGCCAAUGCAAGACUGCUUGUGUAGUGAGACACAGCACAGAUAAGAAGUCUGCUCCUCUGUGUGAUCCUUUGGUACUUGGACAAAUAACUGAUGGUGAAAAUAAACUCAUUUUUUUCACAGUU